UGAGUAACAAGUCCUUUGGAAAUAGAUAAACAGAUUCCGAGUAACAAUCGAAAUCAGUCCCGAGCUUUUUGAUCGGAAUGAAGGGUGCGUGAAUGAAAAAAAACUAUUUUAAAGCAUGAACCUAUUGUGACUAUAUAAAGUUCUGUAUUGCGUGCCGUAAAUGUUCAUCUCUCCUAAAAAAAGUAAUGGCUCGUUCAACUGAUUCGGACGACUACCAUCGCUCUUGCCGAAGGAAACGUUACAGGAGUUCUAGCUCUUCAUCAGCAAGCAGUUCCUCAUCGAGCUCUUCCGACGACUCACGGGAACGACGUCGGCGCAGAAGGUCUCGCUCGACUUCACGGCGGCGAAAUAAAUCGAGAGAUCGUUCACGAGAAAAGAAUCGUCGCAGUCGGAGUAGAUCAAAACGACGAAGUGGCUCGAGGGAUCGACGAGAACGAUCUAACAAGAGAGACAUAAAACGACGACGCACGCGCUCCCCAAGGAGGCGGCGUAGCCGUUCUAGUAGUGGUAGCGCUGAUUCGAGGAAGCGAGACACGAGAAAGCGUGAUGAUCGCCGAGAGUAUAUAGAUACGAAGGAGUGUUCUCGCGACGCAUUUGUAGUGGAACUACCGACCGUGCAAAAUGAAGCAGAGCGUUUACGAGCUAUCGAAAGUAUCAAUAACGCAGGUUUCAGCCAGCAAAAUUUUCUCUCCAAACGAAGCCAGCAGCCGACGAAAGCAGAUGAGGGCAUUGGCAGCGCCGGAGACGCACACGUCUCUGCGAUGUUCGGCACUACUUCACUAGAAGAGUUUCUAGCGGCACAGGCCAAAAAACCUCCGAAGCUUACUGAUUAUAAGGACACGCCAGAUCUUCUACUUCAUGAAAAUGUGCAUUUUCCCGAUAAAUUCGAUCAAGACGUCAUUAAUCAGUGGCUGCCAUCAACUCUGGCAAAAAAAACUACCUAUCAUCCAUUUGCGUAUUGCAAAGCAUCGCAAGUGCUGCUCUAACACUUAUGACAGUUUUGAGCCCCACGCGUGAUUUAUUCUAUAAACGAAUUAUUAGGAUGCAGAUAUGUGCACGGAAUUAAGCGGAAUUCUUUACACUUACAAGAUUCGGUUCUUAAAAUUAUGUAAAGGAGCUCAAUUAAUAUGCUUUUAGCUAAUUACUGUUUUUUCUGAGUUUCAGCUAUACGACGAACCUGAACGACGCCAGGAAAAAUGGCGGAAAAAGUUGCAGACUGAACGUCGUAAACGCCUUGUCGCACAAAGUGUACCUUCGA